AUGUUCUACAGGCCCCCUCACCGAUCAUCAUCAGCAGAAAAACAUGACUUUUUUGUGUCCUUCCAGUCCACCAUUGCCAACGCACUGUCAGCCUCAGGCACGACAGUCAUUCUCGGUGAUUUCAAUGCCAAACUCCGACAGUGGAACGCAACAGAUGUUGAUACGGCAGAGGGCAAACAGCUAGCAGGAUUGUUAGACGACCUUGCACUACAGCAAAUUGUCCGAAACACCGCAACGCGAUACUCAGCUACGGGUAGCCAGUCAUCACUUCUCGACCUGGUUAUCACAGACGCAGAGCAUCGUAUCUCCGACCUUGAAGUCCUAGAUCCGCUAUCAGACCACUGUCCCAUAAUCUUUAAAUAUCUCUCAGGAAAGCACACCCCAAAGCACCCGCCGCCCCGCUUUGUACCAGACUACGCGAACACUGACUUUCAAUCUCUACGACAGAAACUUUCAUCUCUUCCACUCCGGGAGUGUAUGCUCGGUGCUUCCACCAUCGAGAGUGCGUGGUGGGCAUGGGAGUCAUGCAUCACACAAGCCAUUGCCAGCUGCUUAGCGUACAGACGAGUUUCAUCUCGAAGACAGCAAACCAAGCCUUGGUUCACCCCGCAUCUGCAUCACCUUCAUCGCCAGAAGCAGCGCCUUUUCCGUGCCGCCAAGCGCCACCAAACAGUAACAUACUGGUUAACCUACAAGGCCCAGAGGAAUGCAUAUCAGAACCAGUUAAGAAAUGCCAAGACCCUGUACUUCAAGCGCCUCAGUGAGAAUAUUCACGAUGAGCAAGAUGCCCACCUUUGGUGGAAGAAAGCCAAGACACUUGCCAACAUCUCCUGUAAGAAAGAUAAAGUUCCUCACCUAACGUGUGAGGGCCACACGGCACAGAGCGAACCAGAGAAAGCAGAAAUGCAGAAAGCAGAAAUGCUCGCGAAGGUAUUUGAGCGCCAGUGCACUCCUGCUCACGGUACAGGUCCAAUACCAGCACCAGCCGACGACUGUCCGAAUGAAUUAUUCUCUCUGCCAGUCUUGGCCGAAUCCUCAGUGUACCGGGUGCUCCGAAGGCUCCCGCAGCAUAAGGCAACAGGCGGGAACAUCUCGAACAGGAUCUUCCGAGAGAUCGCACCAUGUAUAACGUCCUCUGUUACCAACCUGUUUAACGCUAGCCUCACCUUAGCUAUUGCGAAAGCACUAGACAAGAUUAUCGCCACCAAAUUCGGUCACUAUCUCGAGGUCAACAACAUCAUUGUCCCGGAACAGUUCGGCUUUGUCCGUGAUCGCUCCACAGUUGACCAGCUGAUACAGCUCACUACUAAGAUCGCCUCGACUCUGGAUAAACGCAUCCCUUACGAUGCUGCAUUUCUCGAUUUUGCAAAGGCCUUCGAUAAAGUGCCGCAUGGCGUGCUUCUCCAGCAACUCGGGACUAUCUGCGAUGCUCCGGCUACGAACCUGAGAGCCACAGCCUCGCAGUCCCUGUUUCACAGUCACAUUUGCACGCACUUCUCUGACACGAAACACAAUGCCACCCCUCACUGA